ACGAAAAUGUGGUUCUGGCAAUUAAUUUUAAGUGUACUAGUUUUAUCUACUGGUGGUAUGAUCCGAGACUCGAAAGAUAUAGAUGUGUCUUUGUUUACAAAUGAAAUUGAAUUAUGGGCAAAGUUAGAACAUGAAACAGAAUUGUUUAAAGAUAUGAUCCAAUCUUUAAGAAUUCCUACAGAAUUUCAGAACUUGGAUUGGAAAUCUUUAACUGCAACUUCAAAUACAGCUAUAUGUAUAAUAUGUCAAGGAAUUGUGAAAACAUUUAUGAAUUUACGACAUGAAGGAAUGUCUGAAGAAAAUAUAAAACACAAAAUAAUUAAAUUAUGUGUACUGUUAAAUAUUCAGACAGAAAAAGUUUGUAAAGGAGUUAUUGAAUUGAACUUACCUGUCAUUCUAUAUAUAGUAGAUUCCAAGCCAAACUUGACAGCUACCACAAUUUGUGGUGUUGUACUAGAAUCAAAAUCUUGUCCUUUAAAGGAUCCUGAAUUUAUUUGGAAUAUUGAUAUCAAUAAUAAACCUAAUAUAAUAAUUACUGAAAAUGAAACACAAGAACAAAUGAAAAUUUUACAAAUAACAGAUCUUCAUUACGAUCCUCUUUAUGAACCAAAUGGUAAUUCAAAUUGUGGAGAACCAGUAUGUUGUCGAAAAGGACAAAAUAAAACUGGUAUAACAUCACUUGCUGGGUUUUGGGGAGACUAUAAAUCUUGCGAUACUCCAUGGCAUGCAAUUACUGAUGCUUUAAAGCACAUAAAAGAUAUACAUCAGGAUAUAGAUGUCAUAUAUUUUACUGGUGAUAUAAUAGACCAUGGUGUAUGGGAAACUUCAAAAGAAGGAAACAUAGAAAGUCUUAUAAAAAUUUAUAAUUACAUUAACAAUGUUUUUAAUGAUACUAUAAUAUAUCCAAUACUUGGAAAUCAUGAACCAAAUCCUUUAAAUCAAUUUGCACCAAAAAGUAUAACACAAAAUAAUUUAACAACAAAUUGGCUUUAUAAAUUAAUGGCAGAUUUAUGGAUUGAAUAUGGCUGGUUACCAGAAUCUACACGUUCUACUAUACUUCAAGGAGGAUAUUAUACUGUUAACUCAAAAAAAAAAUUUAGAAUCAUAGCUUUGAAUACUAAUGUUUGUUACAGUUACAAUUGGUGGCUUUGGUAUAGUCCAAAAGAUCCUGAUAAUCAACUACAAUGGCUUGUAAAUACUCUUUUGGAAGCAGAGAAAAAUAAUGAAUUCGUACAUAUUUUAUCCCACAUACCUGCCAAUAGUAAUAGCUGUUUAAGGACAUGGAAACGAGAAUAUUUACGAAUAAUCAAUAGAUUCUCACAUUUAAUUAAAGCUGAAUUUAAUGGACACACUCAUAAUGAUGAAAUAGCAAUAUUUUAUAAUUCUAAUAAUGAAGCAAAAAAUGUGGCCUGGAAUGGUGGUAGUAUAACAGCUUAUUCAAAAUUGAAUCCAAAUUAUAAAAUAUAUACAGUUAAUUGUAGUAAUUACGAAGUAACUGAUUACCAAAAUUGGAUGUAUGAUCUUAGUCUUGCUAAUAAGAAUAUCAAUAUAAGACCAACCUGGUAUAAAUCAUAUUCUUUUAAAACAGAAUAUGGUCUUUCAGAUUUGUCUGUCAAAUCUUUAAGCAAUUGGUUAUCUAUAGCAAUAAAGAAUGAAACGUUAUUAAACAAAUAUUACAAGAACUUUUACAAGCAAGCAAAACCUUCUUUACAAGGCAUUUGUAAUUUAAACUGUAAGAAACAAUAUUUAUGUCGUACAAUUGUACAUUUAGAAUCCAAGUCAUGUAAUGAUAUUUUAGAAGGUUAA